AUGGGGACAUCUACUCUCAUAGAGACUUGUGGUCUUAGCUCCUGCUUUUCUCACCUUAAAUGGGAGCAGAUGUUUGCGGGUCUGACGAGUGGUGUCGUAACCACAGCCGUUCUUCACCCGCUAGAGCUAGCAAAAAUUCGUCUUCAAGUGAAUGAGGGCUAUGGAGCGGUUAAGGCUCGACCUACGAGCUCUCAUUUCAUUGGAACUAUGCUUGAAGUCUACAGGGGGAGAGGCUUUGCCGGCCUCUACCAGGGUGCUACACCCAACAUGAUGGGUAACGCGGUUUCGUGGGGACUUUACUUCUUAUUUUACGGUGCUUUGAAGAACUAUGCCCAAGAUAGUGAUGAAUCUAAAACAUUGAAGCCCUGUGAAUACCUCGGUCUGGCUGGGAUUUCUGGCCGAAACGUGACUUUUGUAGGCUUAGUGGUGUUGUGGCUAACGAACCCCAUAUGGGUAGUGAAAACGCGUAUGUGCCUACAGUACGAGACGCUGGGCGCCUCUUACCGUCUGACUACGUGGAGCACCCUGAUGGAGGUGUGGAGGGUGGAGGGCAUCCGUGGCCUCUACCGCGGUAUUGUGCCCGGAAUGGUGGGCGUCUCUAGUGGAGCGGUGCAAUUUUUGUUUUACGAAGAGCUGCGCAACUUCUACAACUUGAGUUACCACCAACGCCCCAUUGACACCCAUCUAAAGACUUCUGAAUAUGUUCUGAUGGGGAUAGUUGCCAAGGCAAUGGCUAUUGCACUGACGUAUCCCCAUCAGGUCGCGCGAACACGUCUGCAGGAGCAACAUCGAAACUACGGCAGUCUGACAAACCUCCUCAAGACUAUUUGGAAGUACGAGGGUUUGCGUGGUUUUUACAAAGGUCUUCUGCCAAACAUUUUACGGACAGCUCCAUCGGGUGGUCUGAUGUUUGUGGUUUAUGAGAAAUGCUACAAGUGGUUGAUUGGGCUGAGGUGA